GAGAGACUAAUGAAAGAGUGGUCCUCACCUAUAUAUGCCUUCUUUCAACCGAUACCGACUAUCGAGUAUCAUGAUCAGCGUCAUUGUCAUGUUUUCAAGUGCGCAGCCCAUGGCUGUAAUCACCGUGUUCGUCAUUAUCUCGACAAAAAAGACGUGAAGUCUACAGGGAACAUGCGCAAACAUGUAAAGAGCUGCUGGGGUCAGCCAGCAUUACAAGCUGCAAUGGACUGUGGAAAUACCACGGCAGCACGAGAUGGACCCAUCAAAAGUCUACUUGAAACAGGGUCAAUCAAGACAUCAUUUGAUCACAAAGGUAAAGGGAAAGUGACUUACUCACAUCGUCAACACACACGCACAGAGACUCGUGCCGAAAUCAUCCGAUGGGUCUCGGAGAGUCUGUGCUCCUUCGAAAUAGUAAAGGACCGAGGUUUCAGCGCACUUAUGAAAACAGGGCGUCCAGAAUAUUACUUACCAUCACCGAAAACCGUUGCGCGUGAUGUCAGACAGGUGUUCGUUCGAAUGCGUGCACGCAUUGCACAAAUGCUACAGGACUACCCCGGAGAAUUGAACUUUGCGACUGACGCAUGGACGUCGCCGAAUCAUAGGGCGUUUGUCGCUGUUUCCGUGCAUCUUGAACACGAAGGUAAAGCACUGUCAAUGAUACUCGACAUAGUUGAGGUGGCGAAGGUAAAUAGAAUGAACGAGGGCACGCACCAUAUUGCUGACUAUUGGUAG